CGUACGACCGCUGCUCUCCACUCUUCCUUGCCCAGAAGGAAAACAUAAAAGGGGUAGGUUUUCGCUCUUCAUCCUCAUCAAUGGCGCCGACCAAGCGUAAGAGCGACGGCAAACCUUCCCAAAAUCUCCAGACAACCAGAGUCACUCGUAGCUCCACACGCCAGGGGACUACCAAGGUGGUGCUUACUGAGACGUCUCCCAAGACCAAGAAAGCGAAACUCAGCUCGAAAGAUAAGGUAGAAUCGAAACCAAAAACAACAGAAGAACCGGUAUUUGAGGGUGUUGAUGGUUCCAAAACUAUUGUGAUUGAACACUGCAAACAAUGCAAUCAAUUUAAAAUAAGAGCUGUAAAGGUGAAGCUUGGUUUGGAAAAUGCUGUAUCUGGCAUUACUGUGCUCAUCAACCCAGAAAAGCCGAGAAGGGGAUGCUUUGAAGUGCGUGAAGAAGGUGGAAAGAAGUUCAUCAGUCUUCUGGAUAUGAAGCGGCCAUUUGCACCGAUGAAGGCUUUGGACAUGGAUGGUGUUAUAUCUGAUAUAGUUGAGCAGAUCAAAUGAUAUCCCAUGUAUGUACCCUAAAUCACUUGUUGUUUCUUAGGAAGAAGAGGAAACCUGUUUUUGCAACCAAAAUGAAAUGUUUCCAUUGCGUUUCAUCUCCUCUGUUUCCCUAUGUCCUGUAAGUUCAACAAUUUGAAUUUAUCCAAGUUGCCCCGUAGCUA